CCGUAGAAGAAGACUUUCAAUCGUAAACAACUAGCUAACGUUAGCUGGCUGCUAGUGUGCGUUUCUUUUCGCAAAAAAAAUGGCCAAAUUGGAGUUGCUAAGUUUGUUUCUCACUGAACGAUUAACGUCUGCUGCACAGGAUAUAUAUAAAAUGUUAGAAGAAACGUUUGCAGAAUACCAAGCAGAGAUCACUUACGUAAAGAGAGAGAAUGAAUUUCUACGGAAGCAGUUUAAUGCUAACAGACCGAGAAAAGUGAACGUUAAACGAGGUCUACGACAGAUCACCCGCACUGUCUCUGUAGCAGUAGCUCCCCCAAAGCUGAAGCAGGAGUCGAGCCCCACUCUGGGGAAGGAGGUUUCACAAACUGAGGAGAAGAAGCAAGAAGCAAGGACCAGUCAGGGGGAAGAGCAGCUUCAAGAGACUGGAACAACAGAAUUGAUGCCUACACCCACCACUCACUGUUGCAGCGAAGACAAUGAUCUUGGCCCAUCCAAAACAUUGCCCCAGAUCCAGCCCAAGCCCUUACCCUCCUUACCCAUACCCCUUCUCCUGGCUCAGCCCGCACAGCCCUUCCAAAUCGCACAGAACCAAGCCGUCGUCUUAUCUCAUCAGAUAUCGCCUCUGGUCAUUCAGGUUGUAAAGAAAUUGUUUAUUUGUAAAGACUGUGGGAAGACUUUCCGUUACAUGAGUCGUUUGAAACAGCACACACGCAUGGCUCACACGCAGGAAAAACCCCACUGCUGUACGUUGUGUGGAAAGUGUUUUCUUACCGCCAGCAAGUUAAAAACACACCAGCUAAUACACACCGGCGAGAGACCCUACCUCUGUAAUGUCUGUGGUCACUGUUUCAACCAGAGGUCGAACCUUAAAGUACACAUGCAGAGGAAACACAAAGAUGUCAAGGGUGUGUGACAAACAAAAACAUCGCAUUCAGUAUACGGAUUUACAUUCAUAUUUACAUUUUAGUAAUUUAGAAGACGUUCUUAGCCAGAGCGACUUACAGUUAAUGCAUUCAUCUUAAGAUAGCUAGGUGGGAUGAUGAAAAGGUUAUGUGGGAAAAAGACAGCAAAAAUAAAUAAAGUUGUAAGACACAUCUCCCCAACCCCUACAUUCAGGUGUAUGUCAGUGGAGGCUGAGGGGAGAAUGGCUCAUAAGUUUCCCCAACCAAACCACUACAUUCAGGUGUAUGUCAGUGGAGGCUGAGGGGAGAAUUGCUCAUAAGUUUCCCCAACCCCUACAUUCAGGUGUAUGUCAGUGGAGGCUGAGGGGAGAACGGCUCAUAAGUUUCCCCAACCCCUACAUUCAGGUGUAUGUCAGUGGAGGCUGAGGGGAAAACGGCUCAUAAGUUUCCCCAACCAAACCACUACAUUCAGGUGUAUGUCAGUGGAGGCUGAGGGGAGGGGAGAAUGGCUCAUAAGUUUCCCCAACCACUACAUUCAGGUGUAUGUCAGUGGAGGCUGAGGGGAGAACGGCUCAUAAGUUUCCCCAACCCCAACAUUCAUGUGUAUGUCAGUGGAGGCUGAGGGGAGAACGGCUCAUAAGUUUCCCCAACCACUACAUUCAGGUGUAUGUCAGUGGAGGCUGAGGGGAGAACGGCUCACAUAAGUCUGGACCGGAGUGAAUGGAGUGGCAUUGAUACCAAUCCCCACAUUUCCCUCCAGCCAUUACCACGAGCCCGUCCUCACCAAAUUAAGUUGCCACCACCCUCCUGUGGUGUAUAUAAUUUCUCCUCCCUUUCUUCCCUGUAUUGUUGUCUCAAAUCAUAAACUACAUUGAAGAUGUAAAACAGCCUGUUUUCUUUUACAGGCUACAACCUCUAACUUGUAUCAUAUUUUGGCUCUAAUUGCUGGACAGGUCUUGCAUGGUUAGAUGCUUUUUUUGCUCAGCUCAAAAGCAUAUUAAAACAAAAUAUUGCUUAACACUCAAAGCUCACUCAUUGGUAUUCACUUCUGUAGCCUGUGGUAUGUGCCCAAAAUUAACAUGCCCUUUUAAACCUACAUAAACCAUUUAAACAUA